UAUGAUUGGCUGAAACCAUAAAGACAUCAUCUGACGUGGCAGUUUCUCUGUCCUCAGAGAUUUCAGAUAGUGUCCGAACAGAGAAACAACACACGAAGACAUACAUCUCCAAAGAUUUUUCUUUUUACUUUUUUUCAUAGAUUCGAUCUUCCUCCAAUGGCUAUCAACGCUCCAAUAUCGUCUCACCAGCGAACAGAGUUUCUCUCCAACCCCGUUCUCCCCCGCUUUGGCCGGUCAGACUCCGCCGUGAAGUCACCAGCUACCUUCUCCGUCGUCUCAAUGGCUCCCCAAAAAAAGGUGAACAAGUAUGAUGCCAAGUGGAAAAAACAAUGGUACGGAGCGGGACUAUUCUUCGAAGGAAGCGAAGAAGUAAACGUCGACGUUUUCAAGAAGCUUGAGAAGCGAAAAGUUUUAAGCAACGUUGAGAAAGCUGGCUUGCUCUCAAAAGCAGAGGACUUGGGAGUCACGCUAUCAUCUCUUGAGAAGCUUGGUGUCUUCUCCAAAGCCGAGGAGCUAGGUCUUCUCAGUCUCCUCGAAACUUUAGCAAGUACAUCUCCAGCAGUCUUGGCCUCGGCUGCAUUACCGGCUCUGACGGCUGCUAUUGUAGCCGUGGUGCUGAUUCCUGAUGACUCAACUACUCUGGUGGUUGCUCAAGCGGUUUUGGCUGGUGCUUUUGCUCUUGGAGGUGUUGUUUUGUUGGUUGGGUCUGCUGUUUUGGAUGGACUUCAAGAAGCUGAUUAAUUCUUUCAUAUGUAAACUAAAGACAUUGUUGUAGAACUGUUUUUGUAAUAAGUUUCUAUAGAAGAAGGAUUCUACCUUAUUAAAGCCUUAUUGACACAAAAUGAAAGUAGCUCUAAUGAGUUCUACUA